AUGUCUUCUCAAGCCUCCUCGGACAGCACCUCCGUGGCUGCCACCACUUCUCCGGCAGUCACCACCGUGGCCUCUGCCCCGCCGGCUAAACCUGAUUUUCACCCGGCGCUUACUGUUACGAACAUUAGGAAUCACAUUCCUAUUAUGCUUGACGUGGAGACUGAUCGCUAUGGCACCUGGGCGGAGCUUUUCCGCAUACAUGCUCGUUCUCACCGGGUUCUGCACCACAUUGUCCCUGUUGCGGACAAGCCUCCUCCGCCUCUCACUGACCCUACUUACGAGCUGUGGACCACUUUGGACGCCACUGUCCUUCAGUGGAUUUAUGCCACCAUCUCUAUUGACCUGAUGACUACCAUCAUGGAGCCUGACUCCACCGCUCUUACUGCUUGGACGCGUUUGGCUGAUCUUUUCUGGGAUAAUCAGAACGCUCGUGCUGUCACCCUAGAGCAGGAUUUCUCCAAUGUUCGCAUGGAGGCAUUUCCGACUGUCGCCGCCUACUGUCAGCGUCUGAAGACGCUUUCUGACCAGCUCCGUGAUGUCGGUGCUCCGGUGAAUAAUCACCGUCUAGUUUUGCAGCUCAUCUCCGGCCUCACUGACGCUUAUAAGGGUGUUGCUACUUUGAUUCGUUAG